CAGGGGCAUUUGACCACUGAACCACAUCCCCAGUCCUAUUUUGUAUUUUAUUUAGAGACUGGGUCUCACUGAGUUGCUUGGUGCUUCGAUGUUGCUGAGGCUGGCUUUGAACUUGUGAUCUUCCUGCCUCAGGGUCCCAAACUACUGGGAUUACAGUAAAUUCCUCAUCUAUGCCUGUCUGCUGCUCUUCUCUGUGCUGCUGGCCCUUCGCCUGGAUGGCAUCAUUCAGUGGAGUUACUGGGCUGUUUUUGCUCCAAUAUGGCUGUGGAAGUUGAUGGUCAUUGUUGGAGCCUCAGUUGGAACUGGAGUCUGGGCACGAAAUCCUCAGUAUCGAGCAGAAGGAGAAACGUGUGUGGAGUUUAAAGCCAUGCUGAUUGCCGUGGGCAUCCACUUGCUCCUGUUGAUGUUUGAAGUUCUGGUCUGUGACAGGAUCGAGAGAGGGAGCCAUUUCUGGCUUCUGGUCUUCAUGCCACUGUUCUUUGUUUCUCCAGUGUCUGUUGCAGCUUGUGUCUGGGGCUUUCGACAUGAUAGGUCACUAGAGUUAGAAAUCCUGUGUUCUGUCAACAUUCUCCAGUUUAUAUUCAUUGCCUUAAGACUGGACAAGAUCAUCCACUGGCCCUGGCUUGUGGUGUGUGUCCCCCUGUGGAUCCUCAUGUCCUUUCUGUGCCUCGUGGUCCUCUAUUACAUCGUGUGGUCGGUCUUGUUCCUGCGCUCCAUGGAUGUGAUUGCAGAACAGCGCAGGACGCACAUCACCAUGGCACUGAGCUGGAUGACCAUCGUCGUGCCUCUCCUUACUUUCGAGAUCUUGCUGGUUCAUAAACUGGACGGCCACAAUGCUUUCUCUUGCAUUCCAAUAUUUGUGCCCCUGUGGCUGUCGUUGAUCACACUGAUGGCAACCACAUUCGGACAGAAGGGCGGAAACCACUGGUGGUUUGGUAUUCGCAAAGAUUUCUGCCAGUUUCUGCUUGAAGUCUUCCCAUUUUUGAGAGAGUAUGGAAACAUUUCCUAUGAUCUCCACCAUGAAGACAACGAAGAAACUGAUGAAAUCCCAGCUCCAGAGCCUCCUAAAAUCGCCCCUAUGUUUCGCAAGAAGGCCAGGGUGGUUAUUACACAGAGCCCUGGAAAAUACGUCCUGCCCCCUCCCAAGUUAAAUAUCGAAAUGCCAGACUAAAGGACACCGGCAGGGCCAGAGCAUGAGUGGACUGGGACGCACGCUCUCUCCCUCCCUCUGCCUCUCCUUCACCCUCCUUCCCCGAGACCCCGAGUGGAGCUGGGCCUCUAGGGAUGUCCAUCUCAUGCCUCGUUUGCAUUCAGUGCCAAUCAGCUGCUCACCACGUCGGGAUACAGAGGUGGCGGGGAGGGUUGGGGGUGUCUGUGGAUAUGAUGCCAGGGGCCGCGAAGGAGAGAGAAGAACCGAAUUCCAUGAGAGCGGGUGUCUUAAGGCACCUUCUCUUGCCCAUGGUACCACCUGGGAAUGGCUGCUCCUGAGACCUGCAGGGGGAGAUUCUGUCUACAGGACAGCUUCACAGGGCUGAAAUUCCUGUGGCAAGUGUUGGUGGAAGUGGUUUCCUACAGGGCCGCCUCCCUGGACAGCUCCGAGCUGUCCCGCUGCAGGUCGGCAGUGGGGACUGUAACUGGGUCUGAGUGUACCUGGUGUUUCCGCACAGCCCCGCCGCCAUGCUUAGCCCUGUCCCUGCAGUGGAGGGCUUUCCCUUUGGGCGUGCUGACAGUGGUUUCCACGGCCGCCUCCGUGAGCCCUUCCCAGUGGAGUGACUCCAUGCCUGUACAGUAUUUAUACGGAUAUUUUAGCAUUGUAAUGUACAGUGUCAAAUCCUAGUUCUGUACAGCGUACUCUGUUAAAAGUAUUUUUUUACAAGCUUGUGCCCGAGACGGACGUGUUCUGCUGCAGAAGUUGGAGUCGGUGCCAGCCCUGCCCCACCUCAGAGUUGUGCCGGGCCUUCACAGGACAUCACCACUUACACCUGGAAUUCUGUCACGUGCAUAGCCCUGCUCCUGCCAGCAGAGCCACAGCAAGCAGGAAAUGACCUGUGUGUUUCCUCACGUUGGGGAAAUCAGGCUGGGAAUAACCUAGAAAGCAGUGCUCGGGCCAGGACACGAGGGAAGGUUGCCAGGAGCAGACACAUUCACAGAUUCCCAUGGGGGCUGGGGUCUGUAGCAUUCUGCCUGCCGGCAAGGAGAGCACCUUACACCUGGCCAGUGCUGUCACCUGUGAGCACAGUUUCUCUCUCCUCUGCUGUGACAGCCCAGAACACGUCCAGUCCUGCCAGUGGAGUAACGUCCAGUCCUGCCAGUGGAGUAGCCUUCUGCCGAGAAUCAAAUAGGUCCUUCGUGCAGGUGGGUGGAGAGGACCAUUGACGAGCCCGCUCAAGAGGCAAGUGCAGGUUUUCAUGUGGGCAACUGCUAAAUGGCCUCAAGCAGGCCUAAUGGAAGUCCAUCACGUCCCUGACUCUGCCGCUGGCGCUGGCCUGUUGCCAGUCUGCUAUGUUUCAGAGGAAAGGGGGGAAUGGUGUACCUUUCCUGCUUGGUGUGUAAAAAAUGUAGUUAUGUCCACUAUUUUUGCUCCCUGUAGUUGCUCAAUAAACCAGUUCCUUGUUUUACAUA